AUGACCCACUGCCAAGAUCCGGCUGUUACAAGAUUGCGCGAUCUUGUGGUCGACCUGAUGUUGGUGGGUCCUGUCGGCCGACCCAUCAAACAGGAACAGAGAACAAAACGGCUUGUAAAGGCAGCUGGGUUGAACGGUCAAAGGUGGCUGAGCAGAGAGCGGAAACUGGACAUGAGAGAGGAUAUCGAAAUUAACGGAUUGGAAAAUACAGGAAGUGUGUUGAAUCGUCGUCCAAAUGAAGACGACUCAACUUGUCAGCUCCGUGAUGGCUCCAACCACGGCGAGCUCAUCAACCAAAACAGACGUUCAGGGCUACGCAAUCCAAAAAACUAUGCUGCUCACUGGGCCAUGAAACCUUAA